AUGACAACAUUGAGCCAUGAUUUCGCAGCAUUGAGUCAGAAUUUGACAGCAUUGAGCCAGAAUAUUGCAACAUCGAGCCAGUAUAUGACAGCAUUGAGCCAGAAUAUAGCUCAUAUUAAGCCAGAAUGUGGCAGCAUUGAGCCAGAAUGUGGCAGCAUUGAACCAGAAUGCGGCAACAUUGAGCCAGAAUGUGACAAUAUUGAGCCAGAAUGUGGCAGCAUUGAGCCAGAAUGUGGCAGCAUUGAACCAAAAUGCGGCAACAUUGAGCCAGAAUGUGACAAUAUUGAGCCAGAAUGUGGCACCAUUGAGCCAGAAUGUAGCAGCAUUGAACAGAAUGUGGCAACAUUGAGCCAGAAUAUGACAACAUUGAGCCAGAAUAUGGCAGCAUUAAGCUAG